GCGCAACUCAUCACCCAUGGCCGCCAUUCACGACCCUCUCUUCCUUGGUCUUGACCUAUCUACCCAAGGGCUGAAGGGCGUCCUCAUCAACGAAGACUCGGCCGUGGUCCACGAAUCUGCUGUCAACUUCGACAGAGAUCUUCCAUCCUAUCGUACCACCAACGGAGCCAUUCGCGGGCCGGGGGGACAAGUGACCAGCCCGGUCAAGAUGUGGCUUGAAGCGAUGGAUCUGCUCAUGCACCGUAUGAAGCAAGCCGGCGUCGAGUUCGAUCGCAUCGCCGCCGUCUCUGGCGACGGACAGCAACACGGCUCGGUGUACUGGUCCCAGGAUGCGGAGCACGCUCUCGCUUCUCUGGAUGCCACGGCACCACUCACUCAACUUUCUCCCGGCGCAUUUUCACUCCCCGAUGCGCCCAUCUGGCAAGACUCAAGCACGACGCGUGAAUGUCGGGAGCUCGAGGAAGCCGUCGGCGGUCCGCAAGCACUUGCCGAUCUCACCGGUAGCCGCGCCUACGAGCGGUUCACCGGAACGCAAAUCAAGAAGAUUAGGCGCACCGACCCGGAGGCGUAUGCCGCAACAUCGAGGAUAUCUCUCGUAUCUUCGUGGCUUCCAUCGUUAUUCUUGGGCAAGAUCGCUCCGAUAGAAUGUUCUGAUGCGAGCGGGAUGAACUUGAUGGACAUCAUUACCUGCAAAUGGGAUGAAGCCCUUCUCCUUGCCUGCGGUGGACCCGAACUUGCUGCCAAGCUCGGGCCCGAGCCCGUGCUAGGCGGCACGGUUCUCGGGAACAUUGCUUCCUAUUGGACGGAACGAUGGGGCUUUAACCCGGAGUGUAUUGUUGCACCCUUCACCGGCGACAAUCCUGCAACCGUCGUCUCGCUGUCUACGCCAGGCGAUGCCAUCCUAUCUCUUGGAACCUCAACCACGCUGCUCCUCUCGAUCCCGCCGGCGGACACGGCCCCAGUCCGAUUCACGACCUCCCACCUCCUCUCGUAUCCUACCACCCCGGAUGCUCACAUCGCCAUGCUCUGUUACAAGAACGGUGCCCUGGCCCGCGAUCACAUCCGGGAUACCUACGCCGAUGGCGACUGGAGCAAGUACAACGCCCUCGUACAGCAAACACCCGCCGGCAACGACGGCAAGCUCGGCUUCUACUUCCCUCUCCCCGAGAUCAUCCCCCCGAACGUCCAAGGCGAAUUCUUCUUCGCCUUCGACGCCGCGCAACCUUCCACCGGCGCGAUCGCGCGCAUCGACGCGCUUCCGCUUACCGCGCACCCCCGCGCGAUCCUCGAGUCGCAGCUGCUCUCCAUCAAGUCCCGCAUCGCCGCGAUCCUCCCACCCUCCGCGCCGCCCCUCCAGCGACUGAUCGUCACCGGCGGUGGCUCCGCCAACGCCGUCAUCCGCCAGAUCGCCGCGGACAUAUUCGGAAUGCACGUCUUCGUCGCCGACGGCGGGCAGCAAGGCGCCGCGGCGGGCGGCGCCGUACUCGCUAAGUUCGCGUGGUGGCGUGCCAUGCAGGGCGGACGCGGAACGUACGAAGAGAUGGUCGCGGGUCAGCCGGAGCGCAUGCGAGAGGUCGCCAAGCCGGAAAAACACGAGCUGACCGCGCUGUACGAGAGCUUCGUAGAGCCGUACAGGAGGUGCGAGGACGAGGUUGUGCGACUCUGCGCAAACUUCGGUUCUGCUUGAGGUGUCAUCUUCAGUAACGGUUUUAGAUGCCAACGGUCCAUAAUAAUAUACAUUGUAUCGACAUCAUUUGUAGUCGUAGAUAUACACCAAGACAGUGUAUGCAUCCGUAUCCGC